ACACUUGUGGCUUCGGCACGAGAUCGCGCGCGCAGCUGGGCUGCAGACAGUCGGGCAGUGCCAAGCAACCUGAGUGUGCGGAGCUGGGGCGAGAGGUGAAACUGCAGGAGUUCGUCGUGUUAUUUGUUCACAUUUAAGAUACAACGGAACGUGAAGGAGAUUGGCAAAUAAGUGCACGCGUCCUACCGCUGGGGAGGGGGUGUCUUCUGCAGGAAUGUCGCAGAGAGAGAGACCUACUUUUUAUCGACAGGAACUCAAUAAAACGAUCUGGGAGGUUCCGGAACGUUACCAGAACAUCACUCCUGUGGGAUCAGGGGCCUACGGAUCAGUGUGUUCAGCCUAUGAUGUAAAAUUGCAAAUUAAAGUGGCUGUCAAGAAGCUGUCCAGACCAUUUCAGUCCAUCAUCCAUGCCAAGAGAACCUAUCGGGAGUUACGGCUGCUAAAGCACAUGAAGCAUGAGAAUGUGAUUGGGUUGCUUGAUGUGUUCACCCCAGCCAAUAACCUUGAAGAGUUCAACGAUGUAUAUUUAGUUACUCACCUGAUGGGUGCAGACCUGAACAACAUUGUCAAGUGCCAAAAACUCACAGAUGACCAUGUACAGUUUUUAAUCUAUCAGAUCCUCCGUGGAUUAAAGUAUAUUCAUUCAGCUGACAUUAUUCAUCGAGACCUCAAGCCAAGUAACUUGGCAGUGAAUGAAGAUUGUGAAUUAAAGAUCCUUGACUUUGGCCUGGCACGGCUUACUGAUGAGGAAAUGACUGGUUAUGUAGCCACACGAUGGUACAGAGCACCUGAAAUAAUGCUUAACUGGAUGCACUACAACAUGACAGUGGACAUUUGGUCAGUUGGAUGCAUCAUGGCUGAACUACUCACUGGGAGAACACUGUUUCCUGGAACGGAUCAUAUUGAUCAGUUGAAGUUAAUAUUGAUGCUCGUCGGAAAUCCAGAUGCUGAGUUGUUGCUGAAAAUAUCUUCAGAUUCUGCUAGAAAUUACAUUAAUUCUCUUCCCACUAUGAAAAAGAGGAACUUUGCAGAUGUGUUUAUUGGAGCUAAUCCAUUAGCUGUUGACCUUUUGGAAAAGAUGUUGGUCCUGGACACGGAUAAAAGGAUUACCGCAGCUGAAGCUCUUGCACAUUCAUACUUUGCGCAGUACCAUGAUCCAGAAGAUGAGCCAGAGGCAGAACCCUAUGACCAGUCGUUUGAAAGCAGGGAUUUGGUUAUUGAUGAAUGGAAGAGGUUAACUUAUGAAGAAGUGCUUAGUUUUGUGCCACCACAUUCUGAUCCAGAUGAAAUGGAAUCUUGAGGACCAUACUUCUUGCUGUGAUUUCUUUCAAAAUUGUUAGGAAUUGCAUCAUCAGUGGCCCUCUUUUUUUCAAAGUUAUUCAAGUGCCUGUUAUGUCUCAAAGAAGGAGGUUACCUGGAGGAUGAAUACAGAUGGACUUUCAGACCUUUUGUACAACAUUGCGUGAUAUGGUGGGGUUGAAUUUGGAUAAAACUUGGGACAGGGACCGAUUCAGCCAUAUUAAUAAAUUUGCCAGUGUUGCAUGUGGCUAAGUCGGCAGUAAUCUUUCCUAUCAGCAUUUACUUCAGCUUUUGCAGCCUGUGCUAUCUCCUGGAUAUUGACACUGGAAUGCCAAGGUGCACCUUAACUAAGAAUUGGUGUGUCAGUCAUAUUUAUAUAUUUCACUUAGGUUUUCCAAAAAAAAGUUCAGUAAACCUUCUCCUCCGUGGACUGAUCAGAUCUACUGUUUUAUGAAUGGAUGUCGUAACGAACAGUGUUGUGAGAUUUUGAAAAAUGGUCAGUGUAGACAUAGCCCUCCAUCUAAUGAGAAUUUAACUGUUGAGGUCUGGAGUGUUUGAAAUUUGUCUGCUUCUUCUACCACCAGAUUUGCCUUGCACUAAAAAGCUGCAAAUUAAUCAAGACUGUCCUAUUUUCCUUUUUACAGUAUUCAGGCUUUAAGCUGAUGGGCAUUCCUAUGGCUUGCCUGCCAGUGUUUCAAGUUUGUUUUUUUAUUAAUUCCUCUUCACUGUGAUUUCCAGUAUUUUCUUUCUCAAAGUUGUGUAAGCACUUGUCAGUUAAUGUUUUAACAUUUUGCCUUAUCAUUAUGUAUUGCAUGCUGAACAUCACACACACAGUUUGAGGACCAUCCUUUGGAGAUUAAUGGCCAGGUAAUGUGUGCAGGACAUAAGAUUCACUCACUUCGGGGACUAAAGAGCCAAGCUGCAAAUAGUUGUACAGGAUCCUGUAUGUUCGGUAGAAUGUCACCUCAGCAUGGAGCAUAGUGAUAGUAAUGUUAUGUUUGACACAGUUAAUUACUGAAACUCAAAAAUAUCUGUUUAAUUUUUAAAACUGUGUGAGUUUAAACUAACUUAAGGGUGUGUUUUAGUGAUUUAAUACCAGUUUGUGUGUCUCCUGUAAAUGCAUUGUUUCAGAAUCUGUAACACUGUCAUUGCCGUUUGUUUUUGAUUUUAAGAUCUCUAAGCUUUCUUCCUCUUUGUGGCCCUACCCAGGGAAUGUUGGGCAAUGUGUCUGGCUAAUUUUAUGUGAUACACUGCAGCCAAAUUGUGCAAAAAUCCUUUAAGAAUCAUUUUCCUUUAUAUAUUUCCAAGAUGUACAUAAAUAUAUACAAUGUUAGGGUGUUAUCUUUUAUUAUUUUCUUUAGAAUAAGUUUAAUACUUGAUUCCAUAAAGCAAUAUCUCUAACAAGCUUGAAUGUCUGCAGAUAAGGGGAUUGGAACAGGAAUGUUGCUAUAGCACAAAUGGAAGAUAUAAAAAAAAAGCUUUCUUUAGCAAAAUCUAUUUAUAGACGGGUGCAUCAACACUGUAGAGUUAAAUGUAGAUUUUUAAAUACAUUUCUAUAUACCCAGAAAUGUCAUUAUUUUCUGUACUCAUUGAAUUUUGCCCCUUGCACUCUGUUAAUGCAAUGUAUAGUGGCACCAUUGUCCAACUGCUUACAAGAAAAAAAAAAUAAAGCCAAUUAUUUUUCA